AACACACACGGUUUUGCAAGCCCAUGUGAGAUACCUUUCCAACCAAAUUCUACACAGACAAAAACAUUGUACAAGAUAAUAUACCCAUACCCCCCCAUUUGUGUGCAAGAUUCACUCUCUGCUGUCAAAUUCUCCUCUUAUGUUCGGUUCUUGAGCUUUUUGGCUUUAGAUUUGUACUUUUUCAAGUCUUUUUCUUCAAUGCUUUCCCCGCAAAAUUUGCUCAAUCCUGAUUCCUAGUUCCUUGAGCAAGUUUUAGCCUACAUAUGUAUCAGUACCUCUUUCUUCUUCCUUUCUCAUUACAUGCCUUAACCUCCAUCUUCGACAUUUUGAGAUUUUUACCAAAGUGAAUGCUUUUUUUGUUCCUUAUGUUCCUUAAUUGGGUAGUUUUUCUUUGGAGUUUUUAGGACUGUUCCUUUUUGGCUUUCUGCUUUCGGUUUGUCAGCAAAAACUCAGUGCUUUUUAUAUACUAGAGAGAGAAAGAGAGAGAGAGAGAGCUAAUAUAAGAAAUAUCAAAGAAAUUUCUUUCAGUUUUUUUGGUUGUGGGAUGUGAAAUUUCUAUCAAAGAUGGCAUCUUUCAGUGGAUUAGGAAUUGGGUUGAGCCUAGUUUUUGGUUGUCUUCUUUUAGCACUUGUAGCAGAGCUUUAUUAUCUGCUGUGGUGGAAAAAGAGAGUGACUAGCAGAGCAGUUGUAGAAGAUGAUGAUUACAGUAGCAAUUAUGCAAAGGAAUUUUUCCAUUUCAUUUGUUGGAAAAAGCCUGCUUCUUUGCAAAGCACCAACAGCACAUCUCAAGAUAGAUUGAGAGACCAUCCAGAAGCCAACUGCCAAGAACAAGACUUAGAAUUAGGCACAAGCAAAGAUUUGCUAAUAAAAGCAUUUGGUGAUCAAGAAAGUGUAGAAGCAGAACUCAUGAGACUGCACAAUCUUUCAGGCCCACCAAGAUUUCUAUUCACAAUUAAAGAAGAAACAAAGGAAGAUUUGGAAUCUGACGAUGGCAAAUCUAGAGGUGAUAGAAGUAGGAAAGGGUCAAGAACAACAAGUUUAAGUGAUCUUAUAUUAGCAGUUGACACUCCAUUUCUUACUCCUUUAGCUUCUCCACGUUUACAGUCAUCACCUUUGGGUUCUUAUCACCACCUUGGGUUCAAUCCUCUAUUUGAAUCAUCAGUUGAGGCAGAGAUUAACAGGUUUAGAUCAUCACCACCUCCAAAGUUCAAGUUCUUGAGAGAUGCAGAAGAGAAAUUGUUCAGGAAAUUAAUUGAGGAAGCUGAGAAAAGGGCAUCUAGAAGUUGCAUUUCUGUCCAAGAUUCUGAUGUUAAUAAAAGAGCCCCUAAUUCAACAGCAAUAGAGGAGAUAACAACUGCUGCAACUAUGGAAGGGUCUUUCUUGGGCUUCAUUGUUGGUAAAAAUAAAGAAAGAGAUCAUCUUUUUCAUCAUCUUCCACAAUAUCCUUCAAGCUCUUCUCAGGUAUUGCCAUUGGCUUCUUCUCCGACAACAUAUAGGCCAUUAGACAAGAAUCUCAAUGUUUAUUAAUUUAAUCUCUUUUUAAAUUAACAUGAACUGAGUCUUAUUUAUUCUUUCU